AUGAUCAAGAUUCCAUAUUCUACUUCUAUCGCCAAACCUAAUGACCACGCUUUUCCCCGCAAUAUCAGGACAAAAUUGCUGACAGAUAAGGCAUCCUACGUAGAGAAAGGACUUCAAGUCGUGGUUGCAAGAAAAUCAGAAAUAAGGGUUUGUGAUUCCGAAGGAGACAAGAUUGAAAGGUCAAGUUUUAAUGAUAAUAUAAAGGAUAAAUACUGUGCCAAAUAUGAUCAUCACGCGUGCGUGAUGUUUAAGCAAAAAGCUCUAGAACCUUCCAAAACAUUGAAGAAAAGGUAA